AUGAAGAAACAAGACGUGAUAAAUGGUUAUACAACUAUAACUACCAGUAACCGAAUCGAGCAGCAACUUAGCCCAUCAACAAAAUCAAAUGUCAAUAAUAGUCCUGAUCCAGUAAUUAUCGCAAAACUUUACGCGAUUAAGGAGGCUAUUGCAGAUAGAGUGGAGAUGCAUAAAAAUAUUGGAGAGCAAAGAAGCCAAUGGAACAAUAUGCUUUUGACAUCAAUUAAUGUCAUAACUUUAGCAGCUGCUACAAUGACUGCAAUUGCAGCUACUAGUACUGUCGUAACUGGUCAAGUUUUCGGACUUAAAAUUUCUUCCACUUUAUUGUACUUAGCUGCUACUGUAAUGUUGGUGGUCAUGAAUAAAUUACAACCAUCCCAACUCGCUGAAGAACAACGAAUCGCGGCUAGAUUGUUCCAAAAUCUCCUUAACCAAAUCGACACAACUUUAUCAAUCGGUCACCCUGUGACUAGUGAUGUUCAGGAAGCUAUGGAUAAUAUCUUGGCUCUUGACAAAGCAUAUCCUCUUCCCAUUCUCGGUAUAAUGCUCGAUAAAUUCCCAUCUUCUGUCGAACCUGCUGUGUGGUGGCCUCAACAACGACGAAUACAAGUCAAGAAGAUUAAUCAAAAUAUAAACAAUUGGAAUGGUUGGAACGGGAAAUUGGAGGAAGAAAUGAGAGAAAUAAUGGGAAUUUUAGAGAAAAAAGAUCAAGAAGAAUAUAUUAGGCUAGGGAAAAAGGCUUUGAAAUUGAAUAAGAUUUUAGCCAUUUGUGGUCCUUUAAUAACAGGGCUAGGAGCCAUUGGCUCUGCUUUUGUGGGAUCUUGGGCAGCUGUGGUAGGUAUUGUGGCGGGGGCGUUGGCGACGAUCGUUAACACAAUUCAACAUGGUGGACAAGUUGGAAUGGUUUUUGAAAUGUAUAGGAAUAAUGCAGGUUUUUUUAAGUAUAUGCAAGAAAAUAUUGAAUUUAAUUUGAUGGAAAAAGAUGUUGGGAGAAGGGAAAAUGGUGAAGUGUUUGAAUUGAAGGUAGCUUUGAUGUUAGGUAGGAGUUUAUUAGAAGUAAGAAAUCUUGCUAAUGCUUCUUCUUGGAAAGGAGAACAACUAGAUGAAUUUGCUAGCAAGCUUUUUUAG